CAGAAGCUUGCCUUUAGGGAAAAACAUCAUCUGGACAUUGUGUAGUCAAGCUUGCCUCUAGGGAAAAACAUCAACUGGACAUCUGUGUAAUCAUUCAUUGCAAAGAAGACGGUUGGUUCAGCUUCUGAAGUACUGUUUUGGGAGCGGAUAUCAGUAUCGGUAGAUCAACCUUUUAAGAUGGCAGGAUCCGUGGUCCUUUUUGCUGGCUUAUGCAUUGUGAUCCAAAUUUUCUCAGGAUUUGCUGACAAGCUGUCCUUGAGCAUCGAUUGUGGAGAUCCGACGGGUACGCGCACCGACGAGCUGGGCAUCAACUGGAUCGGCGACGGCAACUAUAUUAACACAGGGCAAACAGCGAAGGUCCAGGUUACCAAUACAUACUACCAAGAAGAAAAGACGCUCCGUUACUUUCCCUUCCAAAAGAAGAGCUGCUACCUGAUACCAGGCGCGGCGAGGGGAAUGAAGCACAUGAUAAGGGCAUCCUUCUUCUAUGGCAACUAUGACAACAAGUCAUCGCCACCUUCCUUCCAUCUUCAAUUUGAUGGGAACUAUUGGACCAGCGUGACCACUUCAUUAGACACCUCCCUUUAUUGGGAAGUGAUAUAUGUACCCAAGAGAGACAACAUCAGCGUCUGUGUUGCUCAGACGUUGCCCGACCAGAUACCCUUCAUCUCUGUUCUGGAAGUUAAGGAAUUUGAGCCGGGCAUGUAUGAAACGAAGGGCACUGAAGAUGUGCUUGUACUAUGGAAGAGGAAAGCCUUCGGAUCAAAAGACUUUGUUAGGUACCCUGAUGACCCUUAUGAUCGUUAUUGGCAUCCUAGUGGUGAGAUCGACGGCGUCGUGAGUGUGGCUAGAGAUAACAUGAGCUUCAACAAAAACUUCACGGAUAUUCCGGGACUGGCAUUAGCCCACGCCAUAACACCAGCGUCGAGCAAUGCGACGACUCUGAUAGUGCCAUCGUUGGAGAUGGGUUUGGGAAAUGAUACAUAUUACUACGUUUUCUAUUUCAUGGAAGUGUUGGAGGCAGCUUAUCAAAACAAGAGCAGGUCAUUCGAUUUCCUGGUUGAUGGCAUCAAGCAGAACGAUGAUCCAAUCAUCCCUCCUUAUCGGUCAUAUGUGACCGACUAUAAUUCUCGUGGUCGUAACCUGAGUGGUGAAUCGGUCAUUUCCAUGGUCAACACACCAGAUGCAUCCCUUCCUCCCAUCCUCAACGCCAUGGAACUUUUUGAAUUGAUCAAGAGCGGACUUGCAAAAGGAACCAACGAAAAUGAUGUGAAGGCGUUGAAGGUGUUGCAGGGUUCAUAUCAAACACUUCGGUCUUGGGCAGGUGAUCCAUGUCUUCCCCCGGGAUUCACUUGGGACUGGCUCAACUGCAGCACGGACGAUCCACCACGAGUGACUGAACUUCAUCUUAAUGGUUUAGGCUUGGACGGCACCCUUCCAGACUUCAGCGGCCUGACUGCGCUUGAGAUAAUUGACUUGAGUAACAACAGCUUGAGUGGACAUAUCCCAGAGUUCUUGGGAACAUUUCCUCACUUGAAAGAGCUGAACCUGACAUACAAUAGUUUCACUGGAUCCUUACCGGCAUCAGUGGCAGGCAAUAAAAAAAUAAAACUAACUAUAACAGGAAACGACAUCACCGAAGGCAAUCCAAGUCCGUCACCAACAAAUGGCGUAAGAAAUAUGAAGCCGAUCAUCGUUGGAGUACCAGUGGGCUCGGUUAUCUUACUUCACAUGCUAGUUGGCUAGCUGUCGUCUAUGCACACCUUCCCAAGCCAUCGCCAGCUAACGUUGUG